UUCAAAGCCCUAUCAUAUCCACUCACAACCAAAACCCUGGAGCAUCCCAAUAAUCCCAAUAUCAGCCACCAUGGUCAAGAUUGCUAUCUUCGCUGCCGCUGCCGCCGCGCUGGCUGGUCAGGCCACCGCUCAGGUCGGCCCUGAGUGCACCCCGGCGCAGUUCUACUGCGGGUUCUCUCUCCUGCGGGGUCCUAACGAGAAUCUCUGGAGGGGGCGGAUCAACAAGGCUUUGCAGGAGCGUGGCCUCCCCACGGACGGAACCCACCAGUCCGACAGUCUCUUCUUUUGCUCCACCCCUACCACCCUCGCGCUGGACGAGUUCUGCCCCGGCACCCCCACGAUCCCGGGCCGCCGCUGCCAGCCCUCUAUCAGCAACUUUUGCGGGAAUGGAGUCACGCUGAACGACUGCUGCGGUGGCACGGCCUGAGCGCUUACAAUGAGCGAGGUGUUUAAUUCGAAGCAACAUUCUCAAACCACCUCUCAGCUUCAACUGGUGCAUCUGCACAGUUGGUUGGAGGUGUAAACGCCUUAGGAGUAACAUGGUUCCAUGUUUCUAUUAUGGGGAGAGGGGAGGGCCCGCGAGGUAAAUGCGGGGGCAUGCAAAUGAGGACAGUUGUUUUUCACUCACUACCUUCCAGCACUGUCGAUCCAACUGAGUCACUCCUUUAUUCAAUCUCCUGUCAAUGAGGAACAAAUUCAUUUACACCAAACGUAUCACUAGUAUACUUUCCUAAUAAAAC